CAGAUGAUCACUCUGACUGAGAUUAUGCGUCAGAAAGAUGAUGUUGUCUUUGCUGAGAUGCUGAACAGAAUCCGUGUGAAAGGAAAGUUGGAUGAGCUUUGCGAAGCAGAUAGAAAUUUGUUGUCACAGGCCAUAACUGAACCAGCCCUUUGUCCGACUGAUGCGUUGCACAUUUUUGCAACUAAUAAAGAAGUGGAUGCACACAACUCUGCAACACUGGCUCUGCUCCAUACUCAUAUCAUUGACAUCCAUGCAGAUGAUUAUAGAAAGGAUCCUAGAACUGGCAGAAUGGCACUUCAAGACAGACCAUUCAAAGGAGGUAAAAACGAGUUACCAGACACACUGAAAGUUGCAGAAGGAGCUCGUGUCAUGCUCACCAGAAACAUUGACAUACAAAAUGGUUUGGUUAAUGGAGCUUUUGGAAAACUACUUAGAGUAGUUUACUCUGAAAAUGACCAACACAUCAUCAAGCUUGGACUUAAAAUGGAUAAUGAGACAUCUGGAAAGAAUAACCGCACACCAGCAGACGACAUGGUGUACAUUGAGAGAGCAGAGGAGAAUCUAAAGCAGAAAGGAGUGGUACGAAGACAGUUCCCA